AUGCCCAUCACUACAGAUGGCCUUGAAGAAGUUAAUUCUUCUGCACUUUUAAUAACAGUCAUCCUCUUGUUAUUGGGUUCCCUCUUGUUUGGUGUUAUCACUAAAUUGGUAUAUAACUAUUUAACUACACAAGAGAAGUUGGAAGAAGUCAUGCUGGUCGAGUCAAGACCAUUGUUACGAAAAAGUUCAAGUUUGUCACUCACACGUUCUUCGCUGCAACGAAGAAGCUCCUCAAAACUUCAUAUCAGCUCAAAUCAAUUCGACACCGUUUUGCAACCAAAGGACUUGCCCAUUGUAAACCCAAGUUAUUACGUUCAAAAAGAUGAUGAUGGUAUCGACGAAUACUAUGAAAACGGAAAUGACUACAACUCACAGUUCCUUUCAGUCUAUUAUAACAACGUUAAUACACUCAACACCGUCUCUGGGUAUCAACCAAUCACUUUUAAUGUCGAUCCAUACUCACCAGCAAAAGUCAGUCGAAUGUCAUCAUCUUCGUCUUCGCUGAUCAACUUUUCGCCACCAAAAAGUAUAGUAAGAAAAGGUGGUAAUAUGAAUAAUUGA